AUGCUUUGCGGUUGCUCUGCAACUAUUUAUUACUUUGCUACAGUGGGCCAAACGAAACCACACGGCCGGCCUCUCCGCCGGGUCCCUCUCCCUCCGGGCUCGUCCCCGCGUCGGCCCCCGGGCCCCGGGGGCAUCCCGAUUUGUAGUUUGGCCCCCCACAACGCACACACCUGCAGUCUCGGCGACGGUCCCAGUGCUGACCGGGCUGAAGCGCAACUCGCGAAAACUCCACGGCAACGCGCGCGACACCGCAAACCGGCCGUCGGGCCCCGGGGGACGCCGCUCGGUUCUGGGGUCCCUGGCUCCCGGUCCCUCGGGCAACCUUCCUUCUCCGCCUGGCCCCCCGAGGUGCUCCACGGGGAGGAGAGGGGACGGGGGACACGCUCGACGGGAAACGGCAACGGAGGCCCGGUCGGUGCCGGGGCGGGCCGGCCGGGGACGGAUCCCGCCCCCCUUCCACCGACGGUGCUCAUCCGGGCGUUGGGGUCGCAGAGGGGUCACCUCCUGGGGCCGCGAGGAGGUCGCCCUCCGAUCCCCAAGGUUGCUGAGCGGUCACCCCCCGGGGCCCCAGGGUGCUGGAGAGGGGCCCCAGGGUGCUGGAGUGGGGGUCCCCGGCCCCCGGGGCUGCAGAGAGGUCACUCUCCGGCCCCCGGGGCCGUGGAGAGGCCGCCCUCCGACCCCCAGGGCUGCAGAGAGGUCACUCUCUGGCCCCCGGGGCCGCGGAGAGGUUGCCCUCCGACCCCCAGGGCUGCAGGAGAGUCAUGCUCCCGGCCCCCCGGGCCCGUGGAGAGGUUGCCCUCUGACCCCCAGUCGCCCCCGAGCCCCCAGGAAGGUCGUUCCCCGGCCCCACCGACGGUGCUCAUCUGGGCGUUGGGGUCGCAGAGGGUCACCUCCUGGGGCCGUGAGGAGGUUGCCCUCCGAUCUCCAAGGUUGCCGAGCGGUCACCCCCCGGGGCCCCAGGGUGCUGGAGAGGGGCCCCAGGGUGCUGGAGAGGGGGUCCCCGGCCCCCGGGGCUGCAGAGAGGUCACUCUCUGGCCCCCGGGGCCUUGGAGAGGCCGCCCUCUGACCCCUGGGGCUGCAGAGAGGUCACUCUCCGGCCCCCGGGGCCGCGGAGAGGCCGCCCUCCGACCCCCGGGGCUGCAGAGAGGUCACUCUCCGGCCCCGGGGGCCGCGGAGAGGCCGCCCUCCGACCCCCGGGGCUGCAGAGAGGUCACUCUCCGGCCCCCGGGGCCGCGGAGAGGCCGCCCUCCGACCCCCGGGGCUGCAGAGAGGUCACUCUCCGGCCCCCGGGGCCGCGGAGAGGCCGCCCUCCGACCCCCGGGGCUGCAGAGAGGUCACUCUCCGGCCCCCGGGGCCGCGGAGAGGCCGCCCUCCGACCCCCGGGGCUGCAGAGAGGUCACUCUCCGGCCCCCGGGGCCGCGGAGAGGCCGCCCUCCGACCCCCGGGGCUGCAGAGAGGUCACUCUCCGGCCCCGGGGGCCGCGGAGAGGCCGCCCUCCGACCCCCAGGGCUGCAGGAGGGUCCCGCUCCCGGCCCCCCGGGGCUGCGGAGAGAUGGGUAG